AUGGGGCGCGCGGGGCUGGGGCUGCUGCUACUCGCCGCGCUCGGCGCCGGGGCCCGGGGCCCCGAGGGGUCGGGGGAGCCCGUGGGGGGGCCCUCGCCGGGGCCGCCGCCGCUGCUGCAGGAACGCUGCCUCUUGCCCAAGGUGGUGGGCAAGUGCCGGGCCUCCUUCCCGCGCUGGUGGUACAACGCCACAAGCCAGACGUGCCAGCGCUUCACCUACGGCGGCUGUGGGGCCAACCUCAACAACUUCCUGGGGGAGGACGAGUGCCGGGUGACGUGCGCUGCGGCCGCAGAUGGGGAGAACUCGAACGAGAUUCCGCAGGCCAGCCAGAGUGUAGUGCAGAGCGCAGACGAGUCCUGCUCUGCGCCCCGCCUGACCGGCCCCUGCCGCGCUGCCUUCCCCCGCUGGUACUACGACCCAGCGGCCGGGGCCUGCAAGCAGUUCAUCUACGGGGGCUGCAAGGGGAACAGGAACAACUACCUGCGGGAGGAGCUGUGCCUGCGCCAGUGCAGCGAGGCCGCAGGGGGUGCUGAGGGGCCCGCGCCGGGCGUUCACUCCAGCAGAGUGGUGGCCCUGGCCGUGCUGCUGGCCAUCCUCGUCGCUGUCCUGCUGGCCUCCGUGGUCGUCUUCUUCGUGUGGCUGUGCAGGAGGAGCCAGGAGCUGUCCCUGAGCGUGCCCUGGAGCCCGCUGGACGACAAGGAGUAUCUGAUGAGCAAUGCCUACACGCUGUGAGGCUGGGCGGCCGGCCCGUGGGCUGCCGGCCCGUGGGCUGCGCCUGCUCCGCUGGGCCUCGCCCGUGUGCACAGCAGAGAGAGACUGGAGCCGGCUGUGUAGGAAUAUCCCUGGGUCAUAAACUCCCUGCGUCAGCAACCGCUGUGUUUGUGCCCUGGCCACACGGGCGGGGCCUUCGCUGCACCCAGGCCUCUUUCUCGGGGGCUUGCUUCCAUUUUUUUAAACUUUUUUUUACCAGAAUAAUUAGUGUGAAACCUGCUAGUGGCAGCCACCUGGGGUCUCAGACACCUGCCCACCCCUCCACCCUGGCUGCAGCCAGCAGGGCCUCGCUGGGGCUUGGGGGCAUCUGGUGCCGUUCCUCCGCUUAACAAGCCUUUCUAAUCGGGGGCUGGGGGGAGAUUUCAAUAGCCAGAUCCACAGGAGUGCCGGCCGCAUGCUGCCCGUGCCUGCCUGCGGGGCCCCCUUCCCCAGAGCGCGGAGCGGCCGCUGGGGGUCCCGCCCUGCGGGGCUGCUCGGGGAGUUGGUAGCAGGCUGCCCCGGUAGGCGGCGUCAGGUAUAAAUGCACAGCGGGGGGGAGCUGUGAGCCCCACAGGCAGGGGGUCUGGAAUUCUGUGAGCAGCCUGCCCAGCCCCCAACCGCCCCCCUCUGCUCUGCCUGGGGGACCCCCAGGCACCUGGAGGGCAGCAGUGGCUCCUGGCCCCCAGCGUAGCAUGGAUAUGGUGCCAUGCUGGCUGCAACUUCCUGCCGCCCGGGGAUUGGGGCGGCAGCACCAUGCCUGUGGCUGGGGUGGGUGACCCAAACCCUGGCCCCGUAACCUGGCAUAACGCCCUGGGACAGGGAGCGCCUGUGCUGGAGGGGUCCAGCACUGCCUGGGCCCUGGCUUCCUUGGGGGUAUAUUUCCCCUUCCCUCCGUUCCUACCACGUGUCUGAGCUGCCCCUGCCUGGGCUGCCCUGUCCCCUGCAGCGCGGUGCUCCCGGUCCGUGCCGGGGAUCCCAGCCACGCUGCCCCGCCCCUGCAGAGCGGUGCUCCCGGUCCGUGCCGGGGAUCCCAGCCACGCUGCCCCUGCAGCGCGGUGCUCCUGGUCCAUGGUUGAGCAGGGCAGUUCUGGCCUGCAGGCUGCUCCGGUGGCCAGUACGAACCGGAGCUGGGUGCAGCCCACACUCCAAUGCCUUUCCAUGGCAUAAACCUCAUUGAAACACACCAGGAAACCGGAACCCCUGUGGCUGGGUCUCUCCUUGGCCGUGUCCCCAGAGUUGGGACUGGGGGGUGCUCACUCCCCCCUUCCAGCUCCACCUCCGCUCGGUGUCUGGUGCCAGCCAGCACCUGGGCCUGCUGCAGCCACCUGGCUCCCAGCACUGUUGGGGGGGUCUAGUGUCUGAGCCCCAUGUCAUGGGUGUCGCUGGCAGGGUUGUUUUAGAGGGUGGGACGUGGAGCUCGCCCGAGUGCGAGGGGUGGAGUCGGGCACUCGGCCGGGGUAGCUGUUAAAUUUGUUUUUUACACUGAGAUUUCUUUGAAUAAAGGAAAAAAGGAAA